CGGAACGUUGUGUAACUGGUCCUGUAGGUUGAUUGACUUGUUCACACAGGCAAGAGUCUUGUGCUUCAAACAAGCUAUGGUACAGAUGGAGGAUGCGGUCACAAUUUUGUGGACAUGGACAUUAUUUUAGCUAGAGGUGAGGACCACAGAGAGUAGGCAUCUACUGAUCUUGGAUCAGUCCCUCUCCAUUCCUCAGACUGGAGUCAGUGCCAUGGACCACAGUAAGCAGAGCCCUACUGAUGUGGGAUCACCCCCUAUCUCUAUCAUAGCUCAGAGUGGAGGCAGUGCCAUGGACCACAGUGAGCAGAGCCUUACUGAUGUGGGAUCACCCCCUAUCUCUAUCACAGCUCAAAGUGGAGGCAUUGCCAUGGACCACAGUAAGCAGAGCCCUACUGGUGUGGGAUCACCCCCUAUCUCUAUCACAGCUCAGAGUGGAGGCAGUGCCAUGGACCACAGUGAGCAGAGCCCUACUGAUGUGGGAUCACCCCCUAUCUCUAUCACAGCUCAAAGUGGAGGCAGUGCCAUGGACCACAGUGAGCAGAGCCUUACUGAUGUGGGAUUGCCCCCUAUCUCUAUCACAGCUCAAAGUGGAGGCAGUGCCAUGGACCACAGUGAGCAGAGCCUUACUGAUGUGGGAUCACCCCCUACCUCUAUCACAGCUCAGAGUGGAGGCAGUGCCAUGGACCACAGUGAGCAGAGCCUUACUGAUGUGGGAUCACCCCCUAUCUCUAUCACAGCUCAGAGUGGAGGCAUUGCUGCAGUACCAGUGAUACAUCAAUCUACUGUUGAAUCAGUGACUGUCAAUUAUAUCUUCCAGUCUGAUAACAAAAGUAUUACCCCAGGAACUGAGCAGGAGACAGGGCUGGGAGGCACACAGAAAGACAACCUACAAGGAAAGCUGAAGAAAGAAACAAGAGAAUCCAUCAUAAAAGACCAACAUAACCUGAAAGAGCAUCUGAAGAAUCUUUGUGACAACAUAUGUCAAAGUUCAGCAGAACAGACCCUCCUCAAUAAGAUCUAUACAGAGCUCUACAUCACAGAGGGGGGAAGUGGGGGGGUCAAUAAUGAGCACGAGGUCAGACAGAUUGAGACAGCAUCCAAGCGACAAACCACCCAGGAGACUCCAAUCCUCUCCAAUAACAUCUUUAAGCCUUUACCUGGCCAAGAGAAACGCAUCAGAACUGUGCUUACAAAGGGCAUCGCUGGCAUUGGGAAAACUGUCUCUGUUCACAAGUUCAUUCUGGACUGGGCAGAAGGAAAAGCCAAUGGGGACAUUGAUUUUAUCUUCCCUCUUCCUUUCCGUGAUCUUAAUUUGAAGGAGAGAGAAUUUAGUCUGGUGGAACUUCUCCAGGAUUACUUUCCAGAACUUACUUUCCUGAAUAAUCUUUCCCCAGAAGAGAUCAAAAUCAUUGAUCGUAAGGUAAAGGUUUUGUUCAUUUUUGAUGGUCUAGAUGAGUGUCGACUUCCUCUAAAGUUCAAUAGUGGAAUUUGGCGUGAUGUAGAAAAACCAGCCUCAGUGCAGAAGCUACUGACAAAUCUUAUUGAGGGGGAAUUGCUUUCCUCUGCUCUCGUCUGGAUCACCUCCCGGCCAGCAGCAGUCAGUCAGAUUCCACAGAAGUACAUCCACCGAGUGACAGAGGUACAUGGCUUCAAUGACCCACAGAAGGAGGAGUACUUCAGGAAGAGAGUCAGCGAUCAGAACCAGGCCAGCAGAAUUAUCUCACACUUGAAGUCAUCCAGGAGUCUCUACAUCAUGUGCCACAUACCAGUCUUCUGCUGCAUUUCUGCGACUGUUCUGGCGACAAUGUUGGAUAAAACUGAGAGUGGAGAUGUGCCCAAAACUCUGACUGAAAUGUACACGCACUUCCUGCUCAUUCAGACCUGUAAGAAGCAUGAGAAAUAUCAUGGCUCCAAUGAGCCAAACCCAGAGAAAUUGUCAGAGUCAGAUACAGAAAUCAUCCUGAAACUGGGGAAGCUGGCCUUUCUACAGCUGAAAAAGGGCAAUCUGAUAUUCUAUGAGAAGGACCUGAGAAGGAGUGGCAUUGAUGUCAGCGAAGCUUCAGUGUACUCUGGUGUAUGCACAGGGAUCUUUAAACUUCAGGGUGGGUUACAUCGGGAGAAUGUCUACUGCUUUGUGCAUCUGACCAUUCAGGAGUAUCUGGCUGCCUUGUUUGUAUUUCAUUCAUGUGUAAAGGAGAACAGAAAUGUACUCAGAGUUCAAUUUCGCAUUUGCCAAGUGCAGCUGUCUGAGUUACACAGAAGGGCAGUGGAUCAGGCCUUAGACAGUACAAAUGGACACUUGGACCUUUUCCUCCGAUUCCUUCUUGGCUUCUCUCUGGACACCGUUCAAAGUCUCCUUGGAGAACAACUGACACAGACAGGAAGCAGACACAAGAAGUGUUUCUUUCAAAGACUAUGGACACCGACAGAAAGCAGAUCAGAGAGCACUCAGAAAACAGUCCAGUACAUUAAGCAGAAGAUCAGAAAGGAAUCUUCAGCAGAGAGGAUUAUCAAUCUGUUCCACUGUCUGAAUGAACUGAACGACAACUCUCUUGUGGAGGAAAUCCAGAAUUCCCUGAGAUUGGGAAAACUUUCUGAUAAACAGCUGGAACCACACCAAGCUUCAGCUCUAGCCUUUAUGUUACUAAUGUCAGAGGAGACCCUGGCUGAGUUUAACUUGAAGACCUACCACACAUCAGAAGCAGGUCGUCAGAGGCUGAUCCCAGUGCUCAGGAACUGCAGGAAGGCCAUACUGAGGAAGUGCAACCUCACAGAGACGUCCUGUGAUAUUGUGGCCUCAGCUCUCCAGUCAUCAAACUCACCCCUGAGAGAUCUGGACCUCAGCUUCAAUAAGCUGAGCAUUUCAGCAGUGGAGCAGCUCUGCGCUGGCCUGACAAGUCCAAACUGUAAUCUACAGAAACUAGCGCUGGGUCGGUGUGAUCUCACAGAGGGCUGCUGUGAUGUUCUGGCCUCAGUCCUGCGCUCUCCUCACUCAGAGCUGAGUGAUCUAGACCUCCAAUUCAACAGCCUGCAGGAGUCAGGAGUGAGAGCGCUCUCUGCUGGACUGGAGGACCCACACUGUAAACUACAGAGACUGGGGCUGGAAUGGUGUGAUCUCACAGAGGGCUGCUGUGAUGUUCUGGCCUCAGUCCUGCGCUCUCCUCACUCAGAGUUGAGAGAUCUGGAGCUCAGAGACAACGAGCUGCAGGAUUCAGGAGUGAGAGCACUCUCUGCUGGACUGGAGCACCCACACUGUAAACUACAGAGACUGGGGUGA